AUCGCUACGCACCUACGCUUGAGAGAGAAGAAGACGUAGUAAAAGUUAUUAUUAAAAACAAAGCAAGAUUGAGUACAGCAAAUAUUGAAACAUGACUACUAAUACCGUAUACGCUGGCGUGCAUGUUAAGAACAAAUUGAGCGAUUUUUAUCCGGUUCAUAACAUCGAUAUGGAACAGAAUGUUGCGUACUUGAAAAAGAUAAUCACAAAGCAGCUGCAAUUGCAGUUUGAUGCUAACGAACUUGAUAUAUGCUACCUUGGAAAGAUGCUCGACGAUGACUCGAAAUUGUGCAGCACAAUGAAACCGAAUGCGAUUAUACAUUGUUUUCGUAAAAUGAAGGGCUAUACGCCAUAUGAACCGCCAGCUGCUAGCGAUAUUAAUACAAAGCAUAUACAGGAGCUCUUUUCAUUGACAUCGCACCUGCAAAUUAGUGUAACGUCCCGUUUUAAUAUUCUACAAAAGAUUCUGGUAGAGUAUCCAGAAUUUCGUCGCAAUUUGGGCGCACAGGCAUUGAUACGAGAUUCGGUGCUGUUCAAUAUGUUGCAUGAACCGGAAGUGGUGCAAAAUCUGGUUCGGGAUUAUCCAUUAAUUUGCGAGGCAGCAUCAUUUAUUGUCGACACUAUUCGCAAGGAGUUGGCUCGCAACAGUUCCGCUUUACAAUUUCAGGAACAGGCAGCGUCGGAGUCAACUACUUCAUCAGAGGAGGAGAACUCUUUGGGAGCUGGCAGCAGCAGCAGCGGCGGCAGUAGCACCACUGCGGCCAUCAAUAUAGCUGCCAAUCGUCGGGAUGAACUGGCCAACAUACGUCAGAUCAGUCGUCAGCAGCUGGCCAAUGCAUUGGCCCGCGUCGACAUGAGCUCCUUUAACUCACUGUCCAAUAUUGCGCAACGUAAUGUGGACGAGGCGCUUAGCGAUGAGCGACCACACACCAGUACCACCACUGCAACGGCUUCGUCUUCAUCUGCUGCUGCUGCUGCCGGAACUUCUGCCAUCACCUCGGAACUAUUUCGAAAUGAACUGGCGCGUGCUUUCCAAUCCUUGCAGGCUCAUCAGCAGCCGCCAGUCGUUGAGAACAUGGAUGUGGAAGCAACGGUUGAUGCAAAUGCUGGCGAGGCUGUUGUCGACGAGCCAGAAGAUGAUGACGAUGCUGUUGCUGGCGACGACAGUGAUGUGUUGCCCCGCUGCUAUCGUCGGCAUCGCUUCACGGAACAGUUGCGCACGAUGGCAGCCAUGGGUUUCAUCAAUCAUACUCAAAAUGUUAACUACUUGACGCUGGCCGAUGGCAAUGUGGAGCACGCCAUAAAUCUGCUAAUGUUGGGCAUGAAUUAAAUGGCAAUUGUUUAGCACAAUGUAUUUAUUCUACUGCUGCUGGCGAUUUCCAGAUGCCAGAUAUAUAAAUAUAUAUAUAAAUGUAUAUGCAUGUGUAUAUUUCAAUACACAUUGAAGCGAUUUAGCAUUAUGUUAGUCUUGCGUAUAUAUCAGCGUAUGCAAAAACAAAUAUCAUCAAUUACUCAUUAACAUAUAAUAAUGCACA